AUGGAUACAAAUGUAUCUACUUCGGUGCUUGCAGCUACCCAAGUCCCCAGCACUGCCGCCCUAGGUUCAAUCCCUCUUGCAGUUACUUUCUGUAUCAUCACUGCUCUAACUAUUCUAGGCAACACAUUAGUUAUCUCUGCUGUCCUUCUAGUACACAAACUUCGGUGUCCUAGCAAUUUUCUGAUCGUCAGUCUGGCUGCUAGUGAUCUGAUGGUCAGCAUUAUAGUGAUGCCUUUCAGCACCUACUUGGAAUAUCGGCAAUACUGGGACCUAGGUGAAGUUGCUUGCGACAUAUUUAUCGUUUUUGAUGUUUUUCUAUGCACAGCCUCCAUUUUGAAUCUUUGUGCUAUCAGUAUUGACCGAUAUCUUGCAGUUACCCGACCAUUUCAGUACGUGUACAAACGGACUCCUAAGCGAAUGCUGAUAAUGAUUCUCACGGCUUGGUCAAUUUCAGCAUUAAUAAGCAUCCCCCCGAUAUUUGGUUUCAAAGAUGAAUUCGUUCCUGGGAAAUGCGCCUAUAGUCAAAAUUUUAUUUAUCAAAUCUAUGCUUGCUUCGGUGCUUUUUACAUACCUCUUAUCGUCAUGCUAAUACUAUACGGCCGGAUCGUAAUUUUAGCUAGGAGGAUUGUAAAAUCUGACCGAAUCAGAUUGCCAUCAAAACCUUGUGAUGAAAAACGAAAUUCAAUUCAAAAUUACCCUGAAUCACAGGAAACUGAUGAAGGCGCCUCCGAGGAUAAAAGCAAGUUUACCUAUCCAUGCUUUGGCAAAACCUGCUGUCUUUACUUACGCAAACGGGAAUCUCUUGAUUCUACUGACAAGUCUGUGGAUCCUAAUUUCUUUAGCAAUAUCUCUUCUAUUCAUUCUAUUCCUACCGCACCAGUUGUAUGCAUUAGUGAAGCAGGUGAUAGUCCACUACUCAAUCCCCCCCACAUUAAAGAAAACAACUGCCCACCUGACCCAGUUCAUCACUUCAGCCGUCUGCCUCCCCAAAAAUCCUGCCCUAAUAGCAAGCUGAGAGAGCACCCAAAUAACGGCUGUGAGCGUUCAUCUCCGGGAGUUGAGUUCCUUGAACCAUCUACUCAAAGACCGCAGAGCCUCUUCACUAACCAGCAUCGAGUAAGCUUGCAUCCUGGCGCGGAAAAUCUCAAGCAUUGCUCCUCACUGUUACGCGAUCGAGCCUACUCUGUCACUGUUGCGCACAUACAAACAAAAAACCCGCGAAGCAGCUUACCCUUCUUCUCCAAACAGCGUCUCAGCAUUGCUCUUCACUUAAAACGACCAGGAAUUAAACGCUCAAAUGAGGCCAAAGCCAUCCGAACCCUUGGCGUCAUUAUGGGUGUUUUCUGCAUUUGCUGGCUACCAUUUUUCAUUGUUGCGCUGGGUCGACCUCUCUACAAUUACAUACAUAACACAGAAAAGGAUAUUGACCCCCGUCUCAAUUGCUUCUUCCUCUGGCUAGGCUGGAAAUGCAGGUCGUACAAUGAUCCACCAACGAGUCGAGAGGACAUCCAAUCCCAGUUUCAGUGGCAUAUCAAGACACUAUGGCGACAAGUGGGAAACCGAUACCGCAGAGAGGGGGAAAUUUGCAUGGUUACUUCUCUACAGAGGCCUUCUAUACGUAAUGGCUUAGCACCAACUAACUGUUACUUAUUAAAUGGAGUAAUUUGCCUUUUACUCAAUAACUGUGUGGCAUUUGUGUAUCUUGAAGGCUACGUGAACUCGGCACUUAACCCCUUAAUCUACGCCAUCUUCAACCGUGAAUUUCGUCGACCCUUCUGGGAGUUGAUGUCAUGCCAUUGCUUGAACAUUAACGCGCGUCUUCGUGAACGUCGCUACCAGCAUGAGUACAGACCUCCACCCGUCCCCUUACCAAACAUUUCUGGUGGCGGUGGCACUGAAGGUGAAACGCCCUCUCUUUCCCGAUCUCGAAAUUCUGCUCAUUUGCUUGACAGAAGACACAGUUCCAUGCUAACCGAAUAG